CGGAUGCUCAGAUAUGACGUAACACGCAGAUCCAGACGUUCUUCACUUUUAAAAAUGGAGGCCAGCAAUCGGCACUGGAAAAAGCAAAGUUUGUUUAUGAUUCAAACUAAAUUUCAAGACUGGACAGACGAAAAACUGGCAAUACGGAGUUAUUCCAACAAGUGAAAGAAAAACUUGGGGAAGCCGGUAUCACGUCAUGUUGAUGUUUACGUUUUACUGGGCAUGCCCUAUUGGAGAGAUUGGAAUAUUCCUUUCUAUGGAUACCAUUGUUUCCCGAAAGGUCAUUGGGAAAGAGAAUAACUCGUCAUGUAAAAACGUGGCUACUGUGGAGUGUCUGUGGUGUAAAGACUGACACAGCAAUGUAAUAUUGGUCCGUGUGCCAACACCUACCUUGUUCCUCUGAUAGACUUAUUGAUGCACGUGUGAGGUCGUGGUGACAUUUUGUAACAUUUUUGGUUAGUGGUGUGCCACAAGAUUCUUCCAAUGUAAAAAACGUGCCAUGGCUCAAAAAAGGUUGAAAAACACUGCUGUAAGUCAUGUAUACAUUUAAUGUAUCCAGAGAUCUCAACUAUCAGUGCUGAAGUGGUAUGUCUAUAUUCUGUUGAUUGUGAUACAACCUCUAUGUUUUGAGACAAGAUUUAGUGAGUGUCUGUACUUCCAUUGUAGCAUUCAGUGCUUCAGUUGUACUGCACUGAGAUGACGUGGCCACAUUUCAGAUGAGAUGAGAGGUUUUUGAUUACGAGGAGGAAUUUUGCUGAGAGCAAAUGGAGAGUGACGAAGGACAGAUUGUUGCUUCUAUAAACAGAACCAUCUUCAUCUCUUAACUCAAUUACCCGCUCAAUGGAAUAGUUCACAUUUUUCGACAUGACGUUGUAUGACAUCCUCGUCAGCAGUGCAGUGCAUCGACUGUGGCUCACAGCAGCAAGAUAACUACUGUAUGUUAUACAGCAUGAAAAUGUCUCUUAUACGUGUAUAAUAAGCUUCAUCAGGAGCGCUGUCAAAGAGUCGGAAAUGGGGGCUGGGGCGGCAACAGUCUGCUGAAGGUGCUCUUUGGCGCUUGGGCUCGGUGGAAGCUUGGUGUCACCUUGAACACAUGUUGUUGACAUGUUGGUGGCGCUGGACAAAGUAUGGGUAUCUCUGGCUGGGUCCUGGGAUCUCGCCUGGGGGUCUGGGGUUUUAGGAUUGGCAUGGACGCAGACUGUUAAGAAAUCUGUAAGUGCUUAAGUGACUGCUGUAAUAUGGAGCGAGGGGGUAGGAUUUAAUAAGCUCUGCUUCUUUCUGCUCCUUUUUGGACCUGCAAAUUUCCCCACUGAGGGACGAAUAAAGGCAUUUCUUAUCUUAUCUUCUCUUAUCUUAUGUUGAACAGUGAAUUGUGAAUAUGCAAUGCAUUUAAAUUUAGCAUUGUAUGCAUGUUUGAAAUAAACUAAACUAAACUAAGAAUCCUAACUAAAAAUAUGCACAAAUGGGGGAACUCAUGUCAAUAAACUGCCAUAAGUAACAAAAAUAAAUAAAUAAAUAAAAAUAAAACUUUUAUUUUCUCCUUAUCACUGGCAACAGUCACAAGUAAAUGUGCAAGUUUUUGGUUUCGGCUAUUCUGAGGGUCUUAAACGGGUUCCGUUGCACAUUGUUGCCAAAGCUGGAGGCAGGUACCCUCAGCAAAGCAAAAGCCACACAUUUCAAGUCUGCAGCUGAUCUGUGCUGUAAUCCCAUUAGCAGCCAUUUUCCACUGAUCCUCCUUGUUUGUAAUGUGGGGAGGGGGUGCCUUGUUCUCUGGCAUAGCAGGGAGAGACGGAACAUAGGAAGGAACAGAACAGCUGAGCUUUGGAGUCACGUGACCAAUUGUGUCUUGCUGGUGGCCAAAGUCAUUCUUCCCUCCCUUCAUCCCGCACUCCCCAAACACAUGCAUUUAUUGCUGUGCCAAAGUGUGUGCAGUGGUCGCUCUUUGUGUUGUUUAAACGAAUGGACUAUGGCUCCAAGCGCAAGUCAGUAUGGAUGUACGGCAUUACAGACAGCCCGAGGAAAGAGGCGUCAGGGUUUGACAGCUUGGAGCCGAUGGUGCUGGAGCAAUAUAUGGCAGUGGCCAACUAUGAGAGACAGGAGAACUCUGAGAUCAACCUCAAGGCCGGUGAGACGGUGGACGUGAUUGAGAAGAGCGAAAGUGGUUGGUGGUUUGUCAGCACAGCGGAGGAGCAGGGAUGGGUGCCUGCCACAUAUCUUGACUCCCAAAGUGGAACCAGAGAUGACUUGGAUCUGGGCACAUCUAGGACUGGAACGGUGACUAAAAGACGCAAGGCUCAUCUGAAGAGGCUAGACCGCCGCUGGACCCUGGGGGGUAUUGUCAACCGCCAACAGAGCAGAGAGGAGAAAUAUGUAACAACACAGCCAUAUAGCAGUCAAGGGAAGGAUGAAGUCAGCUUCGAAAAAGGAGUCACAGUGGAGGUCAUCCAGAAGAACCUGGAAGGCUGGUGGUACAUCAGGUACUUGGGGAAAGAGGGAUGGGCCCCUGCCUCAUACUUGAAAAAGCUGAAGGAAGACUUCAGCCCUCGCAAGAAGACCCUGUCCGGGCCUGUGGAGAUCAUCGGCAACAUCAUGGAGAUCAGUAAUCUUCUCCAAAAGAAGUCAGUCAGUGAGAAGGACGUCCAGACCGAUGGAGAGGGAAGCACUGCACCCGAACGCCACAUCUCCAAGAGCGAGAUCAGCCUGCCUAUGCCCUUUAGCUCCGAGAUUAAUGCUGAGACGGGCAGGAGGCUAAGCGCAGGCCGUGACACCAACAGCCCGUGUCUGGGCAUUGCAGCAAGCUCUGCCCGGAAUGAAGCCAAAGCGAGAAGCGAGCAAGGGUCACCAGCUGUUGCAAGAGUCGCUCCGCAUAGAGUUGAAAUUGGGUCCCCAAACCUGAGACAAAAACCGCCUCCAAGAAGAGACACCAAUUUGGGUUUCCAGUUACCAAAACCACCAGAGCCACCCGCUGUGGAGGCGGAGUAUUACACGAUUGCUGAUUUCCAGUCUUCCAUUUCUGAUGGCAUCAGCUUCCAUGGAGGACAAAAGGCUGACGUGAUAGAGAAGAACCCUGGAGGCUGGUGGUAUGUGCAGAUUGGAGAGAUGGAGGGCUGGGCCCCGUGCUCCUACAUUGACAAACGCAAGAAGCCUAACCUCAGCCGUCGAAGCAGCACCUUAACCCGGCCCAAAGUUCCACCCCCAGCCCCACCUGUAAAAAAGCAAGAUUGUGAGGAAAGUCCUCCUCCUUCCACCUGCACUCUGAAAGUAGCAGACUCCCUUAAACGAUCCUUGUAUGAGGAACCUGAAUAUGAUGUUCCUGCAGUUGGUUGUGAGGGUGAAUCAGACACUGAUUCUUUCAAAGAUGACCAGUCCUUGGAUGUGAAGCUCAGCAGUAUAGUCAACAACAAGUAUUGCAGUGUCCCACACUCAAGUAAGGCUUCCCCUCCUGUCUGCAAAGAGUCGCAGAUAUUCAGCCAUCGCAGGGCUUCAUUUAGAUCUGACGAAGGAGUUGCUAAAGAGGAGUGCAUCUACGAGAAUGAUGGCUUCCGACCGAAUAGUGCCACUGAAGGAAGAACAGCCAAAGUGUCCAGUGAGCCCAACUCUCCAAGGACUUACCGUUCCUCUACAGUUCCUCGCAAACUGUCUGGAUCGUCACCUUUGCCUGGUCGACCCUCUAAAAGCACAACUCCAGAGAUGAAUAGGAGAAGUCAGACUCUUGGUAGACAUAUGGACAUUAACUACCGGUCUCAAGAGAACAGUCCCCACUUCUCUUCAGAUGAAUCGAAAGGCACCGGCCUCAGCCAGGAUGUGGGGCAGAGAAUAGGCCAGAGCCCUUCGACUAGACCAAAGCCUUCUGUCAGACCUAAACCACUCCUGAGUAAACCAGAGCCUCAGAGUCCAGAGAGGAAGGACAUCAGCUCCCUGAGACGCCAGCUGAGACCCACAGGUCUGUUGCGACAUGGCCCCAAGCCUUGUCGAGGGGAAGACUCUGAAUCAGCCUCUGUUAUCUCAUCCGAGGAAUCAACUUGCAGUACAUCGGAUCUUUCAACUGUUUACUCAAAAGGGAGUAAUUCUGACCCAGAGGGUUCAUGUUUCUACAGUGCCCUGGAUGCUUACAAGAAGGUACAGGACUCUGAGAUCAGUUUUCCAGCUGGGGCGGAGAUUGAAGUUCUGGAGAAGCGAGAGAGUGGUUGGUGGUACGUGCGGUGGUGCUCUGAGGAAGGUUGGGCUCCCUCGUACUUCUUGGAACCUGUCAAGCGGGUGGUGGAUCCUGCAAGGCUAGAAUCGGAUGCCAGCAGCGGGAGCAAGUCCAAUAGCCUAGAGAAAAAUGAAAAGCAAGUUAUGGCUCGAAAUAACAUCAAUAUUCAAGGUCUGGCCCAGCAGCACCAAGGAUUGAGGAGAAACACUCCGCCAAUUCCUUCCAAGCCUCCUGGUGGUUUCUCAAAGCCAUCCGGGAUGGUUAAUGGAGGUGUGCGGAUGAGGAAUGGUGUACGUCAAGUAGCAGUGAGGCCUCAGUCUGUAUUUGUGACAUCAACACAGCCAGCAAAGGACACACAUUACAUGACUGGCUCUCUGAGACGCAAUGACUCCCUUGGCAGAAGUGACCACUACGGUUCUGGUUCUGCCACACUUGGUGUCCGCCGAAAUGCCUCCUUCAGCACAGUGCGGCCACAUGUGGUGGUGGAAAGUCAGUCAAGACCCGCUGAGCGCUCUAACCUUGGGUCCUCGGUGAGCGGAUUCAGCUCAAGCAAUGUACAGGAUCCCCUUAGCAGAUUUAGCCAGCGCAAUGGUAUCCCUGUGUCUACAGUUCGUCCCAAACCUGUAGAGAAGAGCCAGCUGAUCCAAAAUAACCUUGGCAGGGAUGUGUAUGUGUCCAUCGCUGACUAUCGUGGGGAUGAGGAGACGAUGGGAUUUACUGAGGGCACCUGCCUGGAGGUCUUGGAGAGAAACCCCAAUGGUUGGUGGUACUGCCAGGUACAGGAUAGCCUACUGCCCCGUAAGGGUUGGGUCCCAUCCAACUACCUUGAGCGAAAAAAAUAAAAGCCAUCUACAUUUGCUCUUAAUUUCUCUAAGACCCCUCACAGUUUGAUAUUACGUGACGGCAUCAUUCCUCAAAAACUUUGCCCUCAUGCAAUGCGUCCUUGAAUACCGACAACUCUGAAACGACUGUUUUGUCUGAUAAAGGACGUUUAAAUGCUGGUUUAGUAAAAUAUACAAAGAGGAGUGUGAAGUAUUCCAUCUGAGAGGUCAAUGGAAAAGGGUUGACCAUAUUUGACUAGGACCGUCAUAUUCCACUUAAUAAACACAGUGUGAAUGGGAGCACAUGCAGCUUAAAGGCUUUUAAAGGCUUUUGUUCCAUCACUGCCUGUGAUGGGUGAUAAGUGCCUUUUAUAUUGGAUCACCUGUGGUGGGUGGAAAAAUGUAACAUCAACCAAAUCUUUUCAAUGUGCCAUACAACUAUGAACACCACCCAGAGUAGUCCCAGAAGCCUCCAGUGGCUCCAACAUUAAGACUACACAACAGAGCCCUUUGGUCUUGAGUUCUAUGGUCGGUCCAAGAUCCGUAUAAGAUUUUUAAUUGGUCACUUGAAAUUCCACCCAUCAAGCAAAAAAUAAUAAUGACUUAUUUGUUGGGUUUGUUUUGUGUUGUCAACACUUUGGUUGAUGUCUUCCUUGGAUAAUUGUUUCUGCUUUCUUGGGACAUCUUAUUAUCCACCACAGCUUGGAGGUACCAAAGUCAAAUUCAACAAAAUCAGGUAGCAAUACUCAAAAGUUGCAACACAAAGUAGUUUCGUUCAUUUUCACAGUCCAUGGAUACUGCAAUCAGUGUUGGGAGUAGCAGCGUUAAAAAUAUAGGCAUGAGCAUUGGUUUCCACUAAGGAGUACUCUAAUAAAUGACUAUUUCCAUCUCCGUUACCGAGAGGGAGAUGUGGCGCUUAUCCACUGCUAUCUGUAUCAAGUAUCUGGAUGUCGUGCCAGUUGCCGUUGUUCACUUCUAAGAAACUAAAUAGCCAGUCAGUGAGAGUUGUGGUUGAAAAUACUGCCCCCUAGCAUUUUAGUCGAGAAUUGCAAGGUCAUUCCUCAGCAGAAUCUCUGAACGGAACACGGCACUACAAAUCUACAUCCCAAUUAUUUAACAUGUUUAAAAUAGUUUAAUUAACAAUAUGUUUCAUUCUGCUUGCAAGCCCAUAAUUACCAAUAUAUCAAAUACGGUUUUCAAAUAUGUUUUUUAAUACAAUUUUCAAAACUGUAUGAAUAAAUGAUGCUGUUUCUUUGAUGAAUUAUUGAUGUAUGCUUAUUUGAGCACAUUGGAAGCACAAAGAAACAUUUUCAAGCAUAAAGAUGCUUAACUGAAGUGAAAUACAAAUAUAAGACUUUCAGAAGGAGGAAAAACACUAGGGAUGGAUGGAUGAUAAAUGGAUAAAUAGACAUUCAGAAAACAUUCAAAGAUGUUAUGAUAUGUAGCAAUCUACACUGGUCACUAGGUGUCGGUAAUGUUGGGUGAGACACACAAGCACCAGACUCCCCAGAACAACAGGCUUUUAUGGCGCACAACAGGCACAAUAAUUGUGCCUACUGUGAGGGCGGUAACCAACGGCAAAUGUAAAGGUGACUAUAGGUGUGUUACUUCAUCUCUAGAAGGCUCAAAUUAAUGUUAAAAAUUGUAUUUAGAAGGACAUAGGCAGGUUUGCUAGCGGUAAAUAUGAAAAGACUAGAUUUAUAAAUAAGGAAUCGUAUAUAGCAGAAAUUCAGUCAAUUAAUUUGCGAUAAACGAGGGAUUACUGAACAGUAAAUAAGGCUCUUGAACUGAGAAAAAGUAGUAAAACCUGGAAGUAUUAGGAAUAAAACAUUGUUGAGGACAACCGUAUAGAACCAUUUAAAAAUAUUAAAUUACAAUGUUGUACUUUCUACACUCAAAGCAUUUUACUGAUAAAUGAUGUUCAAGAUUGCUGAAAUAUUGUCUAAUGAACCAUGCUAUUUAUUAUUAUUAUUAGUAGUAGUAGUAGUAGUCAUCAUAUUUGUGUCUGCUGGACAGUAUGAUCGAACAAAAGACAUCUGCUGGAAGGCAGUAUGUGUUUUGGCAAUGGGUGUUUUGUGUUUUAACUUAAAUGUGACUCCACAGCUACAAUGGAGAGGAAUGAAGUGAUUCCAUUUUGUGAAUUGGUGCACUUUCUAUUUUACUGUGCAUUUAUUUCAAGAUGCAGACCCAGCAUAGUGUUUAUGCUUCUUUUCAUUAUAUAAGUUUUGUUUGUUUUUAACCUCAAUUGAAGUCUUCAAGUCCAUGACAAAUGUUUAGUAGUAUGUUGGGUUAAAAUGGGAAUUCGGUGACCUCUGAUGGUUAAGAGAAGAUAAUGCAAUAUCAUUUUUUUUGUUUAAUUUUGAUGGUUUAAAUAUUGCUAUUGUGAUUAUUUAUGAUCCACACAACUGCCAGCCGGUCUGCCACAGUGCAAUAACAAAUGCAUUGCUAGUCAGUGAGUCUAACCCACAAACUGGAGAAAAUGUCAGGUUUUAUGAGAUAUUUUGUGAAACCUAAGAGCAGCUAAAAUGGUUUUGUAGCACACUAUUAUUGGGCAAUCAUUUCUCUGUGAAAAGUUGAUUUUUGUCUCUUGCUGUGUGCUGCAACUUGAGCAAAUCACAGGCACUUCCUUCUUCCUUAUUGUUCUUUACAUAAUGCCUGAUUUAAGAAUAUUUAUUGUCUUGACAUCAGCUUCAUUCGCCAUCAAAAUACGGAAAUGUUCAUUGUGGUCGUCAUAUCAAUUGAGGGGCAAAAAAGAUUUUGAGGAUCUGUAAUUGUUCCAAGAGUGAAUGCAGAGUCUCAGCACACCUGAAGAUUCACAGGUGCGUAGGAAGCAGGCGUAGCCAACAAAGUGUUCAAAAGAAGGUUCCCACACACUGUGUCGCUCUCAUUCAUCAGUUUAUUCAAGUAACGUUUCGGUCCAUUUGACCUUCAUCAGACAUAUUGAAUCACAUCUCUGCCCUACAUACAUAUAUAUAUAUAUAUAUAUAUAUAUAUAUAUAUAUAUAUAUAUAUGUCCCCAAUGGGUGCAGUCAACCAAUCCGAGGACUUAGGGGGAGACCUGUUUUGAUGAAUAUCACCUAUCAUAAAAGCAAUUUUUUGCCAUCUGGCAACAUGGCAAAAGACGAGGGCAUUAUAUAAAUGUGUGUCACGCUUGUCACUCUGCAUCUUUUCACCAAAGUACAUAGUAUAUAUCGCUUCAUUUUUGCAAGGGAAUUGUUUCAGGUAAUUUUUAAUGUCAUUUUUUUAAAUGGUAGUUCUGUUAAUGCGCAAAGCCUAUUUUGAAACUGCUUUGUUAAUUAUUACAUAAUUUUCCUCCCAGUUUUGAGGGCCUUAACAUGCAUGAAAAGUUUGCAAAAUUUGCAAGCCCGUCAGGUCUGGGAAAAAAUUAGAUAUUUCAGGGGUGCUGAACACACGACCACACUAUCACUCCGUGGCGAGUUUUUUUUUUUUUUGGGGGGGGGGGGGAUUAGUUUCAUGGAUCAUAUUACAAACUGCUUUGCUUGUAAAGGACAAAGGCAGGUUGUAUUUACUUGAUGAUUUUUAAAUUCUUUGAACAUCUCAUUCACCAUACAUGACAAUUUGAAAAGCUAAAAGCCCGUUUUUUUUACAUGUUUAUGUCGCUCUGCUUCACUGAUAAUGUUUUACGGUCAAGCGUUGAGAUUUUGCACUUUGUUCAGCAGUCUUUAAACGCUUCACAGUUGUACACAGUCAAUCCGUCGUCAAAACCUGCAGUGAGAAUAAGGCAGGUUAGUAUAGCCUGAAGCCUAUUGCGCAGUGUCCAAACUUUUUCCACAGAAGGCCACAUACUGAAAAAUGAAAAGAUGCAAGGGCCACUUUCAUAUUUUGUAUAGCUAUGCUAAGAGUUUGUGAACAGUAAUUAUGAGUGUGAACUUCACUCUUUGCUCUUUUUUCUCAUAAAUUUGACUUUCACAUUAAAAAGAUGAAAGGUUUUGACUUUAUCCACAUAAAAUUGCUGUAUUUUCUAUUUUUUUCUUACAUUUUUCAACCAUUACUUAGAUUUUAUUCCUAUAACAUUUUGAUUUUAACAUACCAUUUCCCACAACCUAAUUUUCCAACAAGGUUGCUGCUUUGGUUUUCAUCAUUUCUUCAGUACCUCUGUCCUCAUAUUAAGACAUAAAAUUUGUCAUAAAAUUAGGUGUUUUUCUUGUUAGAUUACAACUUUCUCUUAAUAUUUUAACAUUAUUCCAUUCAAUGUUUGCAAAUUUUUUUUGUUAUAUUGUGCAUUUAAAAUGUGCUGCUAUUGGCUACAAAUGGCCCCCGCGCCGCACUUUGGACACCACUGCUCUUGUGCUUGCCCGACGACCAGGUUAAAGGGGAAGCGUAGGAGCGAGCCGUGUGUCAAAAGGCGUAUCAAUUCCUGUCCGUAGUUACCCUUGGGAAAUAUGGUUGUAUAUUAUUUUUGAAAUAAUGGUCAUAUGGAGGUUAACCAUUCAAUUAACUUUUCCACUAAUUUCAUGUACUCCUAUCUUAAAAAGCAAAUGUGUGACCAUCUAAAUAAUAAAACGAAUUGUAUGUCAUAUUGGUGUCAUACGGUUGACUUUGUGUAACAAGAACCAUGAGAGUCUCUGAUCAUCCUGACCAGAAUCAACAGUGGACAAAAGCCCAUGCCGCCCCCACCCGCCCUUUCCCUUUGCUGUUGCUGCUGCCAUCUGGUUCUUCAUCACACAUGGUCAUGGCCCCAGUGGGCCCGCUUGUCACUUUUGUGCCUGGAAUUGAAUGGAAUUUUGAAUAUUUGAUGUUUUUUCCCCCACUUCCUCUGCAGUGUUUUAUGGAUUUAAGAGGACAGAGAAAAGUUAUUGGCAAAAGCCUUUGAAUGUAAUGCCUUGUGUGAAUGAAGGUGUUUUUACACUCAAAUGUUUGUCAUGAUCAUUGCCUUUUUUCUACAAAUAAAUUACAGUGAACAUUAUGUCGACGCCUGAAGUUGGCAUAAGUUGUUGUUGACAUAACCAAAACCGAAGCCAGCCGUUGCUUCCACAUUCACUUGUGACUUUGGCCAGAGAUCAUGGGUGGAAAUAAAGGACUUGUCUUUCUUGACAUAGUUUUCCUCCA